AUGCGUUUGCACUUUGUAUGUCGCUGGUGUUGCGUCUGCUCAAAUCCUGACGUUGAUACAUUAGGACCCCCAGGCAAGCACAUCAUUGCGCGUGACAUAUACAACUUAAAGAGGCAGCACAGAACCGAAUGGCUUGAAGGCCGAAUGCAAACUAAGGCUUUGCUCUUGUUUAUGAUUGAGUUAGAUGUACCCAACAUCCAUUGUGUUGAUGCUAGCGGACAUCUAACACGACUCGCCUUCACGAACACCAAGGAUGUACAACUUACUCGUCGCUUUGGAACGAUAUUGAUCAUGGAAUGCACCUACAAAAUGAACAUGUUCAAGAUGCACUACUUCACAUUGUUAGCUUUGCUUGCAUUAGGGCAACCUUCUUAUCGGCCAUUGCGUUUCUCAGUAUGCUCUACCGAUGACAUAUAUGCAAAAACUAUGAUGGCAAAUCGUCAGACAUGCUUCAUCGAGGAGGACUGGCAAACAUUCAUGACGUUUUUUCUAGCAGGUCACACAAGCAAGCACUUUCCGAUCCGUGAGACUACAACAACAAACCGAUCCGGAUCCGUGAGAGCCAGGUUUCGGCGAUCUCUGGACGAUCCGUUACGAAUCUACUCUUCUCACUAUAAACAAAAACUCUUAAGAAGUUCAGGUUCUCAAAUUGUUCUCAAGAUGAUGCGAGCGGGCACAAAGAACAAUCUACAAGAGAAGUUAGUGCUGAUUCAAACGGAGUGGUCAGUAUCCAGCCGCGUGCUAUGCAAUAUGAUGCAAUACAAAACAUACUUCGUCGGUGCAUAUGUUGACAAAAUGCCGCAUUUUGAGUUGUCAUCCUCGUCACGCGUGGAAUGCGCACACUUAGUGUUAAAGCAACAUGUCAGCAUUAGUGACAUGAUGACUAUGGUCGAACUUGUACUGCAAUUUCUCGCCGAGCAGUAUCAAGAGAUCAAUAUUGCCAUCUCACUACAGAAAAGAUGUUGCAAUAUUGUUCACUUAGACAUGUUUAAUGACUAA